AUAUAAACAGCUUCAAUGGCUUCUGCUUACCCUCAUGCUAAGCAUUAUUGCCUUUACAUAUUUUCAGCUGUUGAAUCUAAAGUCUGUUUGUUGUGGUCUUCUAUCUUUCAUAUUUCAAACAUGAAGAACAAAGCUUCUGUUGUCUUGAAAAAGAUAGUGUCAUUGCUGAGCUGCAUUGCAAAGGCAAGGGCCAUGGCUAUUAAGAGCAAAACCAGCGAAGUUAAAGCUCGUUUGAUCAUGUUCUCUUUGGUGAAGAGUAAGAAGGUUUUGUUGGGUUCUAUCUCUAACAAAAUUCAUGACAUUCUUGGCCACUGCGACAGGGAUGAAGACGAAAGCAAAGCUAUUGUUCUCUAUAACAAUGGCUUGCCCGAAGACUCGCAGUCGAGUUUCGCCCACUUGGCUGACGAGAUCGAUGAUGGUGAUGAUGAUAAGUACCCUGAUCUCACUCAUUCGCUGUUUGAUGAUGAAGAAGAUUUCAAUGAUCCAGGAGGUUCCAUAAUCGAUUUGGUGAAGAAUUCUAAAGAGAAAGGAGAAGAUUUCAAGUUGGAAGAUGAGAUUGAUCAUGUAGCUGACUUGUUCAUUAUGAGAUUUCAUAAGCAGAUCCGUUUGCAGAAGUUGGAAUCUUUCAAGAGGUUUCAAGAGAUGCUUGCAAGAAGCGUUUGAUUACUGUGAUUUUUAUUUUUUUCUCUAUUUGUUUUGUUCUUUUGAUGUACUACCUAUCAGUAUCAGCUACUUAUUUCUGCUCUUGCAGAAAUGAUAUUUAAAUAUUAGGCUGGAUUUCUCCAGUAGUUUUGAAUGGAGGAUCCCAUUUGCAUAAUGGCCCUUUUGAAUAAUUCUUGGCA